AUGGGUAUCUUUAGGCGUAUUUUUUAAUAAUAGUGAUUUUCGCUCAUUUUAGUUUGUGACCCUUAAUUAAAUUUAUUUUUAGUUUUUACCGUAUUAUAUGAAUAAAUAAUUAAUGUAUAUAUUUUUUCAUGUAUGUCUAAAAACAAUAAAACUUCUAUACCCCUAUCUUAUUGUGUAAUGUUUUCAGAGCUCAUCAACUAUACACAGCCUGUUUAUGUAUGGCGGGAUGAUCCGAACUCCAGGCAGAACACUAUCAAGGAGAUUAUCGAGAGAGCCACCUCCAAAGAAGACUGGCCACAAGUUCUGAUAUUCCCUGAAGGCACUUGCACGAACCGCUCUUGCCUGAUCACAUUCAAGCCUGGUGGAUUCUACCCGGGGGUGCCCGUACAGCCAGUUACCAUACGGUACCCAAACGCUCGGGACACGGUCACUUGGACCUGGGAGGGUCCUGGCGCAUUGAAGCUCCUUUGGUUGACCCUAACACAGGUUCAUAGUUCAUGCGAGAUCGAAUUCUUGCCCGUAUACUAUCCUAGCGAAGAAGAAAAACGCGAUCCUAAGUUGUACGCGAGAAAUGUCCGAGAUGUUAUGGCCAAAGCACUUGGUGUGCCGGUAUUGGAUUAUACGUACGAUGAUUGUCGUUUAAUUGCGAGGGCCAAGCAACUGGGUAUACCUAAUGCUGCCGCCGUCAGGGAAAUCAGCGAGUUGAGGGCACAGCUCGGAUUGGAGCGGUCGCAGUUGGAGCUGCAGCUGUUGUCGGGUAGUAUGGGCGGGGUGCGCGGGGCGAGGUGGCUCACCUGCGACCAGUUCACGCAACGACUCGGCCUCGCGCAUGACACGCGCGCGCCCAGGCUCGCCGACCUCUACACGCAGGUAAGUGUUAUAACUCGGCGGUUCAUUAAUAUGUGCAUGGAGUGGCACAGUCUCUGCUAGAUCCCUCCAAAAGUGAAGGUGCAUCGGAGAGGGGUUUCGUGGGUUUGCCACCUGCGAUUUGACUAGCCUGUGGUCUAUGUGGAUGGAGACCCACUCAAGCAGAACUCUCGAUCCUUUACACGACUCAGCGACUUUUAAGACAUGUGCCUCUUUUUGUUCGAUAGUAGCGGCUCAGGUCGAGUAAGUGCGGUCAACUUUGAAGAGAUUGCUACUAAAUGUUUGUCGCUCAACAACGAACAAGCGAGACAUACAUUCCGACAGGUAGACAUAGACGAAGAUGGAUAUAUAACAUACGAUGAAUUUAUCUCAUAUGCUCAGAAGAAGGCGGAAUGGUCGUUCAUAUUCGCGUGUGAAGCUCCGCAACAUAAACCGAAGUCACAAUGAGGGUCACCCGUUCGGAUCCCGACCGUCUGCAGCCAAGUACCUUGAAGUACUUUACUGUUAUGACUUCAUUUGAUCCAUGCGACUUCAAGAUGAAUGUAAUUGUGAAGAAAGGAGUAGAAUGGUGGACAAAGUGUUACUAAAAGAUAAUUUAUUAAAACUCUUUGCUCAUAAGAUGAGUUUUUGAUAUUUAAGAUGUUUGAAAUUGCUCCGAAAUAUCAAGUCUUCUAUAUCCGUUAGUUAAUUGAAAUAUUUUAGGUGUUUUAUUAUUAGUUAGCUUAUAUUUUAAGAUGCUUAUAAUAAGCAACUUAGUUAUAUAUCGUUGAAAUUAGUCAUUCUUUUGAAUUAGGCGAUUACGUCCGAUAAUGUUGUAAAUAGCUCUACUAAAAAAUGUAGUAAGUUAAAAGAUCACAGGGGAAACUUUUAACUAAUUGAUAUUUUGUAGAAUUUGCUGAUUAUAUAAUAUGUAAUAGGCCUCUUAAAUAUAUAAUUGCAAAUGAUAAAACUAUGGCUAUAGUUAUAAUAUUGUGUACUUAUAGAUAAAGAGAUUUUAAAAGGCAAAAUUAAGUAGCACGUAAGCUCCUAUAUUAGUUCUAUAAAAAUCCCCUGGUAUAUAGAUGUGGCUUCAACCGUCAUCUAGUGGUCGUAGUAGGGACCUUUAUAUUUUAGAAUUAGAAACGUUUAGAUAAUGUAUUAUUAAGAUCGCUUUGUUAUUUUGAAUAAAAUGUUGUUGUGUAAUUACUAAUAAUUUAUUUUAGUGUUUAGGUCGCCAUUUUAAAAUGUGAUAAUUUUAAGAAUAUAAUAAAUGAGUGAUAAAACGAGAUUCUCUUUGCGUAAACUCUCAUUUUUUAUUUUAUCUAAUAUUUUCGGCAAAAAGAGGCUUUAUUUAUUUGUGUCAGGGUUCGCUGAUUAAUAUUAACGGAUAUAUAUCUUUAUAUAUAUCGAUAUAUUGACAUAUAUCAAUUCAUAUUGACAAUAUUUAUUAUUACUUUGAGUAUUAUUGAGUCUCAGCUAGAAAAUUAAGCAACCCAAUGUAACGCUGGCACCAGUGGUCCGAAGUAGGAAUCUUAUUUUCUAUUCGUACGACUUAACAUGAUAUCUGAGGCCCUAUUUUAUUUGUCCUCGAACGAAAAUUCGGAAAAUAACAAAUCGUUCUUACAAUUUUAGUUAACAUCAGGCUCUAUCUGUGUUCCAUUAUAAGUUAUCGAAUAUCGCGUUUUUUAGAGUCGAAUUAGAUUUUCGAUAAUUGAAUAAAUAUCGUUUUUCAGAGAAAUAUAAUAGGUCGUCACGUGUCAUAUUAAUUUGUACGAGUAGUACUAGAAGUAAGUAAGUUUUCCCCUUAAUAUGAACGCGGAGUGUUUGUGUCUUUAUUAUUUCUUAAAAUUUAUUGCUUAUGUUCACAUAAGGUUGAUUAUCGUAAGUAGGUAAUAAGUCGAGUAUUCCUGGGAAUCCUUGUACAUAUAUGUACUACUUUUUAAUUAUUUUAUAAUAAAUAAACAAAUAUUUAAAAAAGCCACUAUCAGCUUAACAAUCGCAACUUUCCAUUUGUACCUUUAUUCAAUACGUAUCGGGUAAAUGUAGAAUAUCGUGUAUUUGAUUAUUUAUUAUAAAUAUCUGAUUUUUGCGAACCCUGAUUUGUAUAUAAUCAUUUUACAUACAUAAUAAAUAAUUUUGAUCGAGUACCUAAUUAAUUUAUAUAUUUUUAGCUAUGUGAAUAAGACCAACUUUAUGUAGGUACUAUUGAUAUUUUAAUAAUAAAUUAUGAUGUUGGUGUAAAAUCAAGAUAAACAUAGAUGUUUGUUGUUUAAUUAUUCUAGUAGUUUUGUCUUCCCAUAAAUGACUCCAGUUAAAAUCGGGAUACGGUUACGUUAAUGUUUUUUCAAAUAAAAACGAUUAUUUGAGCUUUUGGUUGAAAUAUUCACGAUGAUUGCGCUUUAAUUUUGUAGUAAAUAAUAUCAAGUCUUUCUUUAAGCAUAACUUUAAUAGAUUUAGUAUUAAUUUGUAUUAAACAAUUCCCACUUCUUUGAAGUCAAUUAAUUAACCAAUAAUCGAUUCACGUUUACAUCGUUUAGAUAAGUUGGGGGGGCUAAUUGUCAGAAUACAACUUGCCCCAUUUUCACGAUAAUAAUACGUAUACGUAUACAUUUUACUCUUUAUGUUACAUGUCAAUACGGAAGUGUGUAUUCAAAAUAUUGGGACGAGUUUGAUUAUGAGAAGUUGCCCCUAAGCCUGUUAUAUUUAUUUUUGUAAUAUUAUAAAAUUUAAUUACAAUAAAAUCGAGUAAAUUAAAUACGCAUUAAAAUAAGAAUUAUUUUAAUGAUUAUGGAUUUGCAUAACAUAAAUUAUGUUUUUAGUCGUUAUUUGUGGUUUUUGGACACAUUCCUUUGUUAUUAUUUUCUUCAGGUAUUGUUUAUUUAAAUGAUUUAGUAAAGCAUAUAAAUAUAUAAU